AUGGACAACCCAGCAUCCCCGGCCAGGGUGCAGCAAUGUAUCUGGGAAGGUCGAAUUCCCUUGGAGAUUGCGCUUGCUCCGUCUGAGAGUCGAAGCUACGACAAGACAGAUACAUACAUGGCAAGUCCAGACCAUGCUCAUACAUUUACGCAAGGCACUGGAGGUCUUGUUGACGCUUUGAACAGAUCUCGUGUCCAAGGAUCUCAUACCUUCCAUCGCUGCUCCCAAGGUGACUGGCCUUCCGAGGACCUCGUCCGCUUAGAUGAAAAUGGCAUGGUCAUGAAUGAUGCCUUCAUCAACAGUGUAAAGGAGGCGGAUUUUCUGCGGAACGGCACCGCCAAGGGCAUCAUGACUCUUUCCAAGGAAGACUCGUCGGGUCUAUGGAAGGCAGUGGAAGAAGUGGAUCUUUCAUCUUUUCAACGAAUCUCCCAGAUUCUCUUGCCCCCUCCAUCCCAACCUUUUAGAAACGUUCCCAUUCGGAUCUUCCUGCCUCUCCCGCCGGAUGAAGAAGCCGGGCUACUCAAGGUGGUACAAUCACCACUUCCCCCUUUUGUUUCAAAUUCCACAGGUGCCCAGUCGGCCAGCCCACGUUCAAGCCCAGGCACUCAGCCUCAAACAAUCGGCGGCGCCUUACAUGCUUUACUGCCCAAUUUGUUCCCCAGUCGCAGGACUCCUGUCCUUGCGAAGCCUGUGCUACAUGGUGCUGUUCUUCCCAUGUCGGCGCCCAUCGAGGAAGUUGUGAGAUGCUCAGCUUAUGGCGAUGGGUGGGCUUAUAUUGUUGUGAGAAUGAUGGGUUAA